AUUUACAAUCUGUUCUUCUUUAACAGCACAUUACACCGAAGCCUCCUCCUUUCUCCAGACUAAUAAUAGCCAAAGCAGAAAUCCCCAUAAUAAGAAUAAGAAGUACAUACUGUAUUAGUUUCAAUUCACGAUGAAGGCAAUGACCGUAUUGGCAAUGCAAAUUCGCUUCCUUAGCAUUUUCGUAGUCUGCACUUGCUGCUUUCUGAGUCAAUCUGUUGUUGCAUUUGAAGGAAGCAUACCACAAAUUUCUGAGUCCAAGAACUCACAAGUACCAGCACGUCCACUCUUUGAUUUAAUGCUGAAAAAAGCAAAGAGACCAAGGGGUAAUAUUUUUCUUCAGGAUAGCACUUUAACUGUACAACCAAAUGACAAUUUUCCUCCCUAUUGUACAUUAUCUCCCUUGAUCCCAAAAUCUCCAAUUUCAACUGCUCCAACCCCCGGAAUUUAUACACCACUGUCCCUGCCUUCGCCAAUGUAUUAUGCACCGCCUUUCACCAUGCAAAGUCCUCCUCCAACUGCAAGCACACCUAGAAUAGUCCCAACUCCACCAUGCGCCCCCCCAUCACCACCCACACCACAGCGACCACAGUUUUCAGUCUGGUGUGUUGCCAAGCCCACUGUACCUCCUACGCUACUUCAGGUGGCACUUGAUUAUGCCUGCGGUUCAGGUGCUGAUUGUGAGCCCAUAAAACGCAAUGGAUUGUGCUAUCUGCCUGACACAGUGAUCGCUCAUGCUUCCUAUGCUUUUAACAGUUACUGGCAGAAGACAAAGCUGGCUGGUGGAACUUGUGAUUUUGGAGGGACAGCCAUGCUUGUCAGCGUUGAUCCCAGUUACGAUGAGUGCCAGUUCAUCUACUCCUGAGGAAUGGGAGGACCUUAGGAUUUGGAAGUGGAUGGAUAACCUGAAUACCUGUCUCUUGUAUAAAUUUGAGCCCGGAAAAAAGAGAAAAUGAAUGAAUUGAUGGUGUCUUAUUCUGUGUAAUUUGAUUUUUUGUUUGUAUUAUGAAUUUAGUAGAACUACGUCAAAUCAUAGUAAGUGAUGACAA